GGAGCCUCUGCUCCUUGGUCACCUCAGAAGUGACAGAAAGCAACCAUGCAGCGAGGCCUUUUCCACCUGCACCGCUUUUUACUGUGGCUGCUUUUUGCUCAGACGUAUGCAGAUUUGCCGCUGUGCAAAGAGUCAGAUUACCAUUUUGAGUACACAGAGUGUGAUGUCCUUGGGUCACGAUGGAGAGUAGCUAUUCCCAACAAGGUCGACACGUGCACAGGCCUCCCCAAUCCAGUCAAAGGCACUGAGUGCACUUUCUCUUGCAGGGAAGGCGAGUUCCUCGACAUGCAGUCGCAACAGUGCCAGCAGUGUGCCGCCGGCACCUACUCUAUGGGCACCGGUGUGGCUUUUGAUGAUUGGGACGGCUUGCCGACAGGUUUUGUCACCUAUGGCGUGAACACGAAUGACGGCAACGCCCACGCAAACUGCUCCAAGUCAACCUGGACACCAAAGGGCGAUCAUGUAGCCUCAAACACUGACGAGUGCACUGCAACACUCUCUUAUGCUGUCAAUCUGAAGAAAGCUGGAAGUGUGUCAUUUGAAUAUUUCUACCCUGACAACAGCAUCUACUUUGAGUUCUUUGUCCAGAAUGACCAGUGCCAGUCUACAGAGUAUGAAAACCGAUGGAUGACGAUCUCUGAGAGCAACUGGAGCAAAUAUGCAGUCAAGCUGAACAAAGGAAACAAUGUGCUGUACUGGAGAAGCACAACGUACGCUUUGCUGAACAAUGCUGUCAAACCUAUAUUGUUGAGGAAUGUUACAAUCUCAGGCGUGGCCUAUACCUCAGAGUGUUUCUACUGUAAACCUGGCACCCAUAGUGCAAGCACAGGAUCUGCACACUGCACCCCCUGCCCUGCUGAUUCCUACUCCAACAAGGGUGCAACUGUGUGCCACCAGUGUGAAAACAAUACAUACUCAAAGGCUGGUUCAAGCAGCUGUAAACCAAGACCUCCAUGUACCCCAAAUGACUAUUUUUACACCCAUAGUCCAUGCAGCUCUGAGGGCAAGACUCAGCUCAUGUAUAAAUGGAUUGAGCCCAAAAUUUGCCUGGAGAAUAUUGAAGGAGCCGUUCAGCUGCCCCCAUCAGGGGAGAAGCAGACCUGUCCACCAUGUAACCCUGGUUUCUUUGUCACCAACUCCUCUGCCUGUGAGCCCUGCACUGAUGGCUUAUACUCAAAUGGAACAGCCUGUGCCAGGUGUCCUGUGGGCACAGAGCCCGUGGUGGGCUUUGAGUACAAAUGGUGGAACACGAUGCCGAGCAACAUGAAGAGCUUUGUGUUCCGCCGAGAGUUCAGCAGCUCUGACCACAGCACAGCAUGGGAGGUGGCUGGGGAGUACGUGUACACCACUGCUGGGGACCAGGACACAGACUACCUGAUGCUCACACUCGGUGUCUCAGGAUACAGGCUGCCUCAGUCCACAGUCAAAGACCACGAAAGGAGUGAACUGUCUCGCAUCACCUUUGUCUUUGAGACGACGUGUACAGCUGACUGCAAACUUUACUUUCUGGCGGGUUAUAAUCAGUGGAAUAAUGAAAUUAUGGAGCAGUGGAAAGGCAGCAACAGGAAGCAGGCGUACUCCUACCUGAUCCAGAACAACAGCACUGUCAGCUUCACCUGGAGCUUUCAGCGCACCGAGCAAUUUUCCAUCGAAAGGAAGUACAGCGCUGAUAUUGCUAAGAUCUACUCAAUCCACAUCACCAAUGUGAUUGGGGGUGUCGCCUCAAAGUGUCGCCACUGUGCCCUGAGCUCCAACCUGGGCUCCUCCUGCGUUCCCUGCCCACCAGGACACUACAUGGUCAGUGGGACAGGAUUUUGUAAGAGCUGCCCAUCAAACACCUUCAUCAGGGCUGAGCAGUCUGUGGGAGAGGCCGCGUGUGUUCACUGUGGGCCAAAUACAGAAAGGAACAUGGCCCACUCAGCUUGUCUCAGUGACUGCACCAUUGACAUUCGCACACGAGAAGGAGAACUGCUGCAUUAUGACUUUUCUCCUCUGGGCAAUGUCACCGCACUCCGCAGCAGCCCUCGCUUCACCAACAAAGGCCUGCAAUAUUUCUUUCACUUUAACAUGGGCCUGUGUGGGAAAGAGGGCAGAGAGCUGGCUACCUGUGUGGAUAAUGUCACAAAGAGCAGGAGAGAGGUCAAAGGUUAUGUCUGCAGGUCCACUGUGGUUCCCUCUGGCAUCAGGAGUAUGAUCAUGGUCUCCAGUCUGCCGUUCGUUAUUGGUGACACACUUGCAGGUGUAACCACUGACACAUCUCUUUUUAACAUCUCGUCUCCUAACUGGCUGUUCCCCAGUGCGUCAAGCCUGCCAGACAUCAUAUUCUAUUACAACUCAAGUGAGACAACACAAGCUUGUAAACAAGGCAGGUCUGCAACCAUCAGAUUGAGAUGCAAUCCUGCUUUGACCACUAAAACCCACAUCACACUGCCAAGUAAUUGUUCAGAAGGCACGUGUGAUGGUUGUACCUUCCACUUUCUGUGGCAGAGCCAACAUGCGUGCCCACUCUGCACAAAAAACCACUACAGAGAAAUCGUCAGUGCUUGCAUCCAGGGAAUACAGAAAACCACCUAUGUAUGGCAGCAGCCGCUGCAGUGUUAUGGAGGAGAAUCCCUGCCAGCACAAAAAGUCAGUGCUUGUGUGACGUUGGAUUUCUGGCUCAAGUUUGGUGUUUCUACUGGAAUCAUCGCUGCUGUUCUGCUCAUCAGUAUCAGCUGCUACUUCUGGAAGAAGACACGCAAGUUGCAGUAUAAGUACUCCAAGUUGGUCAUGAGUUCAGGGGGGAAAGAGUGUGAGCUGCCAACUGCAGACAGCUGUGCAAUAAUGGAGGGAGAGGACGCAGAGGACGAUGUCAUCUAUCUCACCAAGAAGUCUUUCUUCACCAAAAUGAAAUCGUUCUCACGGCAGAGGACAUCAGAUGGCUUUGACUCGGUUCCGCUAAAGUCAUCAUCUUCGAACCUGCAGCGAGAGGAAGAGGACUCGGAUGGUAAUUAAACAGAUCCUGGAAACAUACAGUGUUACAUUAGUGAAACACCAACUAAUGUCUUUGUGCAAGCACAG